AUGUUACCAACAUGGAUAGCGAACCCGGUCAUGGUAAGGAAUGCCAAUGGGGAAUGGCGAAUGUGCAUAGAUUAUUCAGAUAUCAACAAUGUCUGCCCAAAGGAUUGGUAUCCUCUCCCGGAGAUCGAUCAGAAAGUCCAAUCGCUUGAAGGUUUUCGAUUCAAAUGUUUUCUCAACGCAUAUAAGGGCUAUCACCAGGUGCAAAUGAAGCGAAAAGAUGAAGAAAAAACAACCUUUCAUACCGAAAAGGGCACCUUCUACUAUUAUAAAAUGCCAUUUGGGCUCAAAAACACUGGCGCUACUUACCAGAGACUGAUGGACAAGGUAUUCGCCGACCAAAUUGGUCGAAAUAUCGAAGUUUACGUCAAUGAUACGGUAAUCAAAAGCCGCAAUGAAGAGAUGUUACUCCAAGAUGUGGAAGAAACCUUCAAAACGUUAGUCAAAGCACAAAUGAAGUUAAAUACGACUAAGUGUACUUUCGGAGUCGAGGAGGGACAAUUCCUUGAUUAUCAGACUUGA